AUGUCUGACACAGGCGCCGCGGCGCCGCCGCCGACUCCAGCAACAUCAGCGAUACCGAUACCAGCACGGCACUCGAACCCGUCGAUACCCGUCGUUCUAAACGAAGCAGGUCUCGAUUCUCCAUCAUUCCGAGCCACUGCGCUGCACUUUUCCGACCAAGUCGAUGGUAUCGAGCGAUGGCUAGAAGGCUACACCAAGACGACAUCCAAGUUGUCCCAUGAUAUUCAGAUCCUCGAGGCGACUAUCAACGAUUACCUGUCGAAAAUUGUCCCGCCAGUCAACGUCAUUUCGGUCGAUCAUGACUACACGGCACUUGCGCUGAAGAGGAUAUCAGAGGGCUCGCGGGAAUGGUGGACACACAUGUUAAAUACGGCCAAGAAGCUCGACACCCAGUCAGUCGAGCCCCUUCGAAACUUCUUGCAAAAUGACCUGCGGUGUUUCAAGGAGACGCGGCGGAACCUGGAAACAUCACAGAAGACAUUUGAUACAACACUCGCUCGAUAUGUUAGCCAGACCAAGACAAAGGAGCCUUCGUCGCUGCGGGAGGAUGCGUUCGCGGUGUACGAAACCCGCAAGGCCUACUUGAAGGCCUCGAUGGAUUUCUGUCAAAUGGCGCCGCAACUUCGAUUCACUCUGGACAAAAUCCUGGUUCGAGUAUCGUCCGAGAUCUGGCGGGAGAUGAAGCGGGCACGAGAUUCGACCGGUAGUUUCGCCAAAUGGGGCCACGAGAUGGAUCGGGUGAAAGGUUGGUCAAAGGAGAUGGAAUUGACCGAGUCCCUGUUCAAACGCGAACUACAGUCUGCGAGACGUGAAGUUGGGGAGCGCACAAUACAGCACUUCAAGCCCUCGCGAGAGCUCGACGAUUACAGCGCAAACACGGUGCCUUUUCUGGGCUCCAAAGGCCCGAUGCACGUCACUUCCCAGGGCCAAUCAGCCACGAUAUCGGAGAAGCAGGGAUGGCUGUUUCUACGCAUGAUGUCAGGAAAACCCGCUCGACCCAGUUGGACACGCCGGUGGUAUUACUGCCGCGACGGAAUAUUCGGCUGGCUUGUCAAUGGGCCCCAGGGAGUCUUACAGGGCGAUGAGAUUGGCGUUCUGCUCUGCAAUGCUAAGCCAGCCGUGGCUGAAGAACGCCGCUUCUGUUUUGAGGUCAAGACUAAGAAUCAGAAUAUGCUGCUCCAAGCUGAGACACAAACGCAGCUGAUGGAAUGGCUGGAGGUCUUCGAAGUUGCCAAGAAGAGGGCUUUCGAAGCUAGUGUAAGUCGUGACAACUCGGCACUUCCUGGAGGAGUUGACCCUGCCUUUGCAAUUACUCCUCCUUCCAUGCCUGAGUUCUCGGCCAAGAAUCUGGAUGCUCAGGUCAGCCUGGGUCUUGAAGAUGCUGCGCCGACCAUGGACAGACAAGCAACGCUCGCAGUCCCAACACCCGAUGGCGGACUCGCUCCGAGACAGAGCGUAGAUAUUGGAGUGGCCCCUAGGCGGUCAGCCACUUCACUGGCUCGCGACCUAGUUCGCGAGGAGGGUGAAAGUGGCCGUGAACACGCCGCCAGGAUUAUGCAGAAGCUGGAUUUGCAUCGCAAAGCCAACUUCUCCUCAAGCACCGACACCACAGCAACGCCAGCCCCGCCUCCAUCUGGCGGUAUAGCCAGCCUCAUCUCUGCCAGCCAUGGUCUCUUGCCAGGCUACCCAUCUCCUGUUGUAGGGAACCCUUUGCAAUCCCCCCGAUUGCCAGCUGCUACCCCAGUUCUCGGUGGACCAGAGCCACAGGCAGGUUCGCUAGCACCUUCAACACUGGCGAAACCGCCUGCACCUACAAGUCUUAGUAAGACUGCUGUCGUGUACAGCAGCGACCGCGCUUUCAGUGGCGAGGUUGGCCACACGAUGCCCACUGCGAUAUUGGCCAACUACUGGGGCAGCAAUGCUUGGGCACGAGAUUACGCCCCCAAGCCUAAACGUCCUGGUUUUCAAUCGGAUGAUCCAUUUGGGCCUGACUCGCCCUCCAUCAAAAUGUCUACCGUUGGCGAUAACGGUGAGCUGAGAACGCCAUCUUCGAAUCAUAAAAAGGCAACCAGCAUGGAUGCCAAAAUUAUCCACCCGUCUCAAGCUCAGGACAAGCUGGUUCAGGAACAAUUCCCACCGGGCUAUCCCCUUGAACUCAAGACGAACGCGGCCCAGUUCCGUCUACUCUUCCCGAGCGUGCCACUGGAGGAGAAACUGGUUUUGGUUUUCAGGGCGUCUUGGAAUAGCACUUCAGAUUCCGAGGCAAAGACUCCUAGUAUGGCUGGAAACGGCCGUGUCUACGUCACGCCGGAUACCAUGUACUUCUAUGGACACCAGAUGGGACUGGUUGUUGCAUACACCAUCAGCUUGGACAACAUCACCGAGGUGACAGCCGCGCCCGGUCGGGACUGCGACUUCAUCUUCCUGCACCUGAACCAGGACUCUGGCGACAAUGCAUACAGCAGAAUCACCAUCAAGACCUUCUUAGAGGACCUCGACCUUCUUCAUGCUCGGCUUAACCUUCUGGUUGAUGACCUGCAAGCGGAAGAACCCAUGGAUCUUCCAGACUUGGUGAAGGCUCUCAUUAGUCUGGAGAACGAAGAAACCAACGACAAGAGAAGUCCCAGCGUGGAGAGCUGGGAGGAAGUGUCGGCCAACACGCCGAUAGACGACGGUACCGUGGCUGGUAGAGCAGUCAUUCCUAGAUCGAACGACUUCAUCUAUAAAUCUCGGUCACGAGGUGUCCGGAAGCACGUCCCUGCUUUCACCCUACCCACGCACCCUGUACACUACGAACCAGAGGACAUGCAGAAGAAGGUGGCGGAGCGCACAUUUGAAAUUAGUGCCAAGGCUUGUUUCCAUGUGCUCUUCGGGGACAAAAGCUUUGUCUUCCCCAAGCUCUACUUUGAGCGAAGGGCUAAGCAGAUUGCUCAGGGACCUUGGACGCUCGGCGAAACCGGCCGGAUGCAGCGCACGUUCCAGUUCAACGUUGCAUAUACAACGAUGCUUGGUCAACGCAGGGCUGAGGAGAUCAGCGACAAGCAGACAAUUGAUGUCUUUAGUGACCACGUCACUUACGUCGUCGCUCACGUCAAGACGCCGUGGCAUCUACCACACGCGACAUCUUUCAAGCUCGUGACCAAGAUUGUCAUAACCCACAUCGCGAAGUCCAAGUGCAAGAUGGCCAUCUACACCAAAGUUGCCUGGUCCAAGCCGCCUGCACUGGCCAAGAACAUGGUUGAGCGCCACGCUCUGGACGAUGCCGGGCGCGAUGCCGAGGAGCUGGCCGAUGUAGCCACGGAGCAGGUACACAGGCUCGGCUCCCACAGCCGGACGAAGAGAGCCAUUGAGGUAUACGGCAGCGUCGGCCAGCAAGCUCAGGUCGUGCUAUUCACGCCCGGCGACACGGACUCGGCCAAGAAGCCGCAGAUCAACCCCAGAACGCUGACAUCGAUGUUGUUCGAUACCGUCCGCUCGUUUGGUGAGAGCGCCGCGUCGUCGGUAUUGAUGUGGGUGUUUGCGUGUAUCAAGACGUUGUGGGACGUCAUUACCUCGCAGCGGUUACUCCUCUCCUUACUAGCUUUCAGUGUAUUUACCAACCUUGUCUUCUCGGGACAGAGCACCUCGGCUUGGUGGACGGAGCGAAAGGCAGCCGGGUUCAUGAACCGGAUUGGUGUGGGACCGAAUGUUAUGAUGAGCAAGGCUAUUUAUCUGGCGGACCUCGAUGAGGCGGCUAGGAGCUCGGCGAUUCAACCUUCUUGGCCGCAGGAUAGCUAUUGUUACUCCACCUUCCAAUCCAUCGCCAACAGCACCGACAUUGACGGACCCUACGAAAACUCUGGCUCCUCUCUCUCCUCGGGCGCAAGCCGCGCUACGGCUCGCCGCCUCCGCCGCACACGGCAACGGCUGGGUUCCUACCGACAUGAUUUGCUUGUUGCGAUGCGGAUGGUCAAUAGUGUGGAGCGCGAGAUGAUCCAGAGCGAGUGGGAGAAUUGGCUUAUGGAUGAGAAUACCCGGUGCGAGCAGGUUAAGGCUGUAUUGCAGGCUUGGGAUAGCAGUAGUAAUGGUGCGAGCGGGAAUGAUAAUAGUGGAGGUAGUGGUAUUAACAAAGUGAGCGAUGAGGCUACGCAGAAGGUUAUGAAGACGGGCGAGAAAGAUAAGAGGAAGAGGGAGGGGUUGAGAUUAUGGCAUGAGGAGUAUUGUGGGAGUUGUCAGGUAGAUCAUGAAAGGUUGAUAGAGGAGAGGAGGGGGAUGUCAUUGGGAUUGUGA